AUGCCUGGUGGUAGAACCGCGGCCUAUCGGAACACAGGAGACGGUGAUAUAACCCCUGUUUCUAGCGUCGACCUCCAUGCGUGCAAGGGGAACUUGACUAUUGUCCGCCGCAAUAUCGAAUGGCGUGGAUCUGCUCUGGACAUUACCAACUCCAUGCAGCGAAAGGCCGUUAUGAUCUAUACCCAUGGGGUAGUCGUUAGACAGUCUCCCUGUAUGAGAUGUGUCCACGGAAGUGGCCCCUUUAAGGAGUGCGUCGUGGCCUUCAACGACCAGGGCUACAUCGCCAACGGUGUUUGUGCCAAUUGCUACUGGCUCCAUCGCACCGACGUUUGCGGCACUCGCCACAACCUCCCCUGUCAAGAGUUAUUCAACGCCGGGCUUGAUCUUGGGGAAUUUGAGGAAGUCUGCAAGGCUCAAUGCGGCGGAAUUCAUAUACGCAACAACAAUGCCCUACCCGUUCUCGCAGCGGCUCCCCCGAUGGCUCUCCCGGCAGCUCCUCAGAUGGCUCCUCAGAUGGCUACUCCUAUGGCUUCCCUGAUGCCACCCCCGAUGCCACCUGUCACCCAAACUCAAGCCGGCAACGCUACUAGCCGACACAUCAGCGGCCCCCGUCAGCGUAAGAGAAAGGCACAGAGCGUUGGACGUAACGUGAUUUCGCUCCCAGAAAGGCCAAGGAAGAGGGGACCGGGCGGAUUCCAUGGUUACCCUGCCGUCAACGUCAACUAUGGAGCGCAGAACUGA